AUGAUCGAAGACACCCUCGGAUUCAGUGAGGAGGAUCUCGAGACCUUGGCAGAACCACACAAUGACGCUCUGGUAAUUUUAUUUCUUUUAAGCAAUGUUCGAAUUAAACGUGUGCUUGUGGAUCCAGGCAGCUCGGCCAACGUAAUCAGGUCGAAGGUAGUAGAGCAAUUAGGGUUGCUCGAUCAGAUCGUACCCGCCUCCCGGGUCCUCCAUGGCUUUAACAUGGCCAGCGAAGUAACAAAAGGAGAGAUCACCCUCCUGUUUGACAUGUUCGUUACAGUUCAGAACACCAAGUUCCACAUUAUCGACGGUGAGAUGAGGUACAACACAUUGCUUGGCAUGCUGUGGAUACACAACAGGAGGGCAGUGCCGUCAACUCUGCACCAGAUGAUAAAAUUUCCAACAAAAUAUGGCAUAACAACCAUAUAUGGAGAACAACAUGUGGAAAAAGAAAUGUUCGCAGUUUACCAGGAGGCACCGAGCCCCAUACACUCCACCUAG